AUGUCCAGGAAGGUGUUUACUUGGGAAAGGAAGGUGUAUAUAUGGGGUGAAAGUAAUUAAAAAGCCUUAAAUUGUAAAAUGGUACAAAGACAUUAUAAGUAACACAUUCUAAAGACUUAUAUACCGGAAACAAAAGUCUAAAAUGGAAAAAAGUUUUGAGAACGAACCAAUUUUGUCAUAGGCAUCAGUCGAUUAAAAUACUUGAGAUAAGGAGGGAGCGGUGAUUGUUACGCAAGAUGUUGCUAGUAAUGACUAAGUUGGCAAACAAACCACAUUUUUGGACAGAACCCUCUUACGUGUAGUCAUGAUAGUAUUAAAAAUGGUUUAGUCGAAAUGUUAGUAACAUAAUGUAGCUUGUUAGGCUUUAGACAAACUUAAACAACACAUAAAUCAAAUUAAACUUAACAUUGCAGUAAAAUAAUUUCUUCAGAGUGUCCACAAAAUGCGGGUAAGACACAGCGAGUAUUCAAGGAGCGCUCCAAUGCCUUCAACGACCGCCAACGACGCGGUGCUAUGCGUCGCAAAAUCCACGAGGUAAGUAAGACGUCUGAAGUCUGUUUUACCGUUGCCAUGAAGGCGUUUUAAACAACAGAAUACGUAAAAGGUCUUGUACUACAAUAUCUUUGGUUUAUGUAUUCUUUUGUGUUAAACGGUAUUGGUCAAAAAGUUUAUAGAGUUUUAAUUUAAACAUGAAGCAAUGUCAUUUUUGUUGUUCUAUUUACUUUUUGACCAAAACUUAUUUUCUAGUUUAAUUUUUAAAAAAAUAUUAUAGUACUUAGCUCAACAUAUAACCUCUUAAACGCCCUUAAACUUUGAAAAAUCAAGAAAAACAGAAAAAAACAUCUUUUUGAGGAUCGAUGUUUACCUGAACAUCCACUGAAAACAAGUAAUUCGAAAGUAAAAACGAAAUAAUUGAGGCGAGAGGAGCAAACACCACGUAUAUAAAGGAUAGUAACAUGGUUGAUAAGCGAGGGAUAGGCCAUCUGAAUCUGCUUUCAGGUGACGGGUCAUAAAUUCAUGGCGCUGUUCUUACGACAGCCGACGUUCUGUGCACAUUGCAAAGACUUCAUCUGGGGCAUCGGAAAGCAAGGAUAUCAAUGCCAAAGUAAAUUUACAUUCAUUAACAUAGAGUAUACUUUAAAGGCACACUUUUACACUGCACACACAAGAAUGACAAAGUUACAUUAUUACAUUAAUUUAUAGUUCUUUCAAGAUGUCAAUGUAACGUUUUAUCAUUAAAACAGUUAAGAACAAGAUAAUACUAAACUAUAUAUGGCAUUACAUGACAUUAUUGUAGUUUGCACGGUAGUCGUCCACAAAAGAUGUCAUCAAGAAGUGGUGUGGAAAUGUCCUGGCAGUCGGACAGAUGCCAUCGACGAGCUACAGAAUGAAGGCAACGACCUGGUCGGUCGCUUCAAUAUCAACAUGCCUCAUCGCUUCAGCGUGCACAGCUACAAACGACCGACCUUCUGCGAUCACUGUGGCUCCAUGCUCUACGGUCUGAUUCGGCAAGGGUUACAGUGCCAGGUCUGUGAGCUGAAUGUCCACAAAAGGUGUCAGCGGAACGUCGCCAACAACUGCGGUAUCAAUGCGCGACAAAUGGCAGCAGAAUUGGCACAACUCGGCCUGACCGGCGACAAAAUGUCGCUGCGACAAAAGAAGAAAGUAAUGUCGGUGUCGACUUCAGAAACCUCGGAUUCUGGAGUUGGCGGAAUCGAAAAUCAGUCUACAUCGUGCACGAAUUUGAAUCCCAUCGAAGAGAAUCCAGUGAGUUUGGCGACAACGGUGAGCUCGGGAGAAAAGUUGGGGAUCAGCGACUUCACCUUCAUCAAGGUACUUGGGAAGGGGUCUUUUGGCAAGGUGAUUCUGGCAGAGAAGAAGAAUACAGAUGACGUGUACGCUGUCAAGGUGCUGAAGAAGGAUGUAAUUCUGCAGGACGACGAUGUAGAGUGCACGAUGUGUGAGAAGAGGAUUCUGGCAUUGUCGGCGAAGCACCCCUUCUUGACGGCCUUGUUCUGCUCUUUUCAGACAGCUGUAAGUAGUUGAAAAACCAUUGUAUUAAUCUCGUAUAAUAACAAGAUAGACAGUUGUAUUUGAUCUUAACAUUUCUAUAACGAUAUUAUUCAGGACCGGCUAUUCUUCGUGAUGGAGUACGUGAACGGUGGUGACCUAAUGUUCCAAAUUCAACGUGCUCGCAAGUUCGAGGAGCCUCGAGCACGAUUUUACGCGGCUGAAGUAACGUGCGCGCUUCAGUUUCUACAUAGAUAUAACGUCAUUUACCGUGACUUGAAACUAGAUAACAUUCUACUGGACGCUGACGGUCACUGUCGAUUGGCAGACUUCGGAAUGUGCAAAGAAGGCAUCACGAAAGACAACCUGACGUCUACCUUCUGUGGAACACCAGAUUACAUCGCUCCAGAGGUAAGAAAUCAUGUCAAGAACAUUUUUACUUUUUAAUAUUUAUUAUAUAACAAAUUUUCAAUUGUAAAUCGUUAUAUGUUGCCUUGACUUCACGUUACUUUAUAUCUUCUUCAGAUUCUACAAGAAAUGGAGUACGGAGUGUCAGUAGAUUGGUGGGCGUUGGGAGUGUUGAUGUACGAAAUGAUGGCUGGUCAACCACCAUUCGAAGCCGACAACGAAGACGACCUGUUUGAAGCCAUCUUGCACGAUGACGUUCUGUAUCCAGUAUGGUUGAGCCGUGAGGCCGUGAACAUUCUAAAAGCUGUAAGCUACCUCUUAUAACUAGCCGAUGAUAUAGCCAAUAGUGUAUUCGAUAGUAUAGUCAAUAGUAUUUUCAUCUUCAAACACUGUUGACAACUGUGCUAUUAUAAAUGGACUUUCUUGUAUUAAUGCCUAUUACGGAUGAUAUUCUCAAUGUUAUCAUCUCAUAAUACAAAGAUAAUGUUUUCAGUUCAUGACGAAGAAUCCACUACGACGAUUGGGUUGUGUGCAAUCACAGGGAAGCGAAGAUGCCAUUAGAGCGCAUCCCUUCUUCAGAGAAAUCGACUGGGAUGCCCUCGAAGACCGACGAGUACGGCCGCCGUUCAAACCCAGGAUCGUAUGUUGCUUUACCAUUUUUUAAUGUUACCUAUUCAUUUCUUAACAAAAAAUAUUUUUUACUACUUUAUAACAUUGGCUUUUCAGAAGAACCGCCGCGACGUGAACAACUUCGACGCGGACUUCACGAAGGAAGAGCCCGUGCUCACGCCCACCGACCCCAGCGUGAUCCGGUCGAUUGCGCAGGACGAGUUCCGCGGUUUUUCGUACGUGAACCCCGAGUUCCAGAACACCCAAUGA